AUGAAUGCGACCCCAUUGUUCAACAUGGAACCUUCUAUUUACUUGGUCCAGCAUGCUUUGGAGGACCAAUAUCUACCCUCCGCUGCGGCAAGUGCUCCACCUGCGGCCGUACCUAUGGUUCCUAGUCAGCACUUACAGAUUCAACAGCCAGCCACAGAACAGCACCCCUCCACGCGACAGCGGACGCAAUGGACCCAAAAGGAAGAUGCGUGUUUGCUUGAAUCAGCCCUUACGCUGUCCCACAUAUUGGUAGGCGAUCUCGACUUCAAGGCUCGCAAGUUGUUUUGGCAUCACGUAUCUCAAACUCUGAUGUCCGACCAUUUAGUGAGUAAAAACAGACGCCAAUGUAGAGAUCGCUUCAAGCUUCUCUACCAACGUGCUGUUUCCCGCAACACUUUCGAUCGUCAUUUACAACCCACCACACAAGUUGAAGUACUUAGCGACAAGUGUACGCGUAUGUUCAAGUUCAGUCAGCACCGUGAACUGACCUUGAACACCAUGAACAACGGCAGUCCACCAUCUCCAACUAUCCAUGCCUCAUCGAUACCACCCUCCCGCGUUCCAACAUCUCAUCUUAUCGCAACUCCCUCAACUACUUCCUCGUUAGCAUCCACCAUUAAAAGUCCUCGAAGAGAAACGGAUAAUUCCGGUGAUACUGCACGGACUGCCUUACCAAUAGCACAUUCAUGGUCUGACCACAACACGCCUUUUGGAAACUCUCCCCUGGAAAGCUUUGGCAACAGCAUAGAAUAUCGGGAGCCCACUGCGAGCACCUCAUGGGAGAUACAAACUGUAGUGUCCACUCUUGUCUCCAUGAAACAUCAAAUAAACCAUUUAUCAAAUCGCAUUGAGUGUAUCGCUAAGGUUCUAUCUGUUAAUGAUAGCCAUGUAGGCACGGAAUCUCUCAAGGACACUCAUUUCACGUAA